AUGUGUUUUGGUUUUGGAUUAAUUGUUGCCAAUCGAUAUCAUGUGAAAGGUUUACGUCUAUUUGCAAAAUUAGUUAUGGUUGAUGUGAUACUAACUUAUUUAAGCUUGUUGAUUAUUAUUAUCAUACCGAUAUGUGUGAAAAAAUAUACAAUUGGUAUUGUUCCAGUAAUUAUUGUUUUGAUGAGUUAUCUGAUGAUAUUCACCGUAAUUUCAUUCGUUCCGGGAUACACUGUUCGGCUAGCUUAUAAAUUAUCAAGUUUACUAGAUGAUAACAAAACCUGA